GAAAGACUGGAAUUCUGUUCGGAAUUCGCGGUCACGAGAGCCGCUGUCAACGCUUCCGGACGUCUCGUGGCCUUCGCCCACAAAUUGGGAGCCAUUUAUGUCUUGGAUUUGUCACAAAAGCGGUUCCAGUUGUCGACACGAGUUCACUCUUCGGUCACGUGUUUGGCUUUCGUGGACAGCGAUUGCGAUGACGUCACGUGUGGUUUGGUCGCCACGACCGCCGACGCCAAUCGCAUCCACUUCUUCGAACUGAGUUUCGACUCUCUUUUGAGUUCAUCUCUGGUUUCGAUCGAAUGUUCGCACAAAUCGACAAUAAGUGACGUCUCGUUCGACACGAGAGACCGAAUGAUGACGUCAUCGGCUUAUGACGCGGCAAUCGUUUGGAAUCUCUUGACGUUUCGUUCGAACAAAACAUUAAAUGACAAGAAGUGCCAAAAGUCGCUCUUUUUCGGACCCAAUCUCGCGCUCAGUGUCUAUAGAGAAGCGCUUUUCGUUUGCGAUUCAUUUUGUAAGUCGAAUUUAAUUCUCGUUUUCGAGAGAAAAGCGAAGAAAUGGCAGAAAAAGAAGAGCGAAGAGAAGAGCGUGAAAGACAUUUCGCUCCAAUUGUUGGCCAAAUACCGGCGAUUCCCCGAAAAGUACCGGUUUUUCAUUUACGCGCAAAUAAUGGGAAUUCCGAACAAAGAAUUGCACAAAAAUAUUGAAUCUCUGUCUCGAGAAUUGAUUCCAGAAUUGAGAGAAACUCUGAAAACAUUUCAUUUCAUUUCGGAAACGCAUUUCUCGCGCUUACUCUCAUUGUUGGCGCAAUUAAUUCAUUUCAAACCCCAAAUACUGAACGACUGUUUGAUCGAAAAUUUGGCGCUUUUUUGCUUUCCUUUCGCGAAACAAAUGCCGAAAGAGUUGUCGUUCUUCUUCUGCUUAUCUCUCGUUCACAACAAUUUCCUGUUCGACAGAAAAGUCGAAAAAACCCAAGUUUUGGCUUUAAUUCGAAAACUGCUGGAAAUGCAAAGCAAACAAUUGGCGAAACAUUUCCUCGAACUCAAAGUGGAAAACUCGGACUUUUCCGUCCCUCUCAUGACGUCGUUCUUCUCCGAAGUGUUUCUGCGCUCCGAUUGGUUCAAAAUCUGCGACCAUUGCGUGACAUUCGGUCCGCAAUUCUUCGUCUAUCUUGUGAUCGGCUUUUGUCUCGAAUCGCGAGAAACUCUUCUCAAACUCGAAACUCGCGAACAAAUCAGAACUCAUUGCAGAUCUCAGUCGCAACUGUCGGCCAAUCGGGUGAUCGCUUGCGCCCACUCUCUCGCGCGACAAUAUCUCCCAUUAAAUCCCUAUUCAUUUCAAACCCCUUUC